CUCUUCAAACAUUGUCAUAGCCACAUUUACAUCGGUAAACUUCCUCAAAUAUGCAGUUAAGCCAUUAACUUCCUCUCUGAGGGGUGAACUCUCUCACGUCCUACAGACUUCAACUACUUUCCACAGAAGCGGGAUUACGGUCCUCAGGAGCAUCUGAUAUGUUUGACUGCUGAAGUCGAGUCACUUUUCUAUCAUGCAGAGCAUCAAGUGUGUGGUUGUGGGGGAUGGAGCAGUCGGAAAAACCUGCCUGCUCAUCUCGUACACGACCGGCGCGUUCCCCAAAGAGUACAUUCCCACCGUGUUCGACAACUACAGCUCCCAAGUCACUGUGGAAGGCCGCACCGUCAGCCUCAAUCUGUGGGACACAGCAGGCCAGGAGGAGUACGAUCGCCUUCGCACGCUGUCCUACCCUCAGACCAAUGUCUUCAUUAUCUGCUUCUCCAUCUCCAGCCCCCCAUCCUAUGAGAACGUCAAGCACAAGUGGCACCCAGAGGUGACGCACCACUGUCCUAGCGUGCCCAUCCUGCUGGUGGGGACCAAGAGUGAUCUUCGCAAUGAUGCGGAUGUGCUGAAGAAGCUGAAGGAGCAGAACCAGGCACCCAUCUCACAACAGCAGGGCCAGGCUCUGGCUCGCCAGAUCCACGCCAUCAAGUACCUGGAGUGUUCGGCACUCAGCCAGGAUGGCAUCAAGGACGUCUUUGCAGACGCAGUGCGUGCCUUCCUCAGUCCUCAACCUGUGGCUCAAAAGAAGCCCUGUAUACUCCUCUGAAAAUACAGAGAGGAUAGAGCCAUUUUAAUUGAAUUACACACAGGAAUGCAUAGAAAUGGUGGGAAUGUUAUGGAAUGUUUGAAAGAAUAGGUUUUCAGUGAACAAUGACCAAGAAACACAGCCUUAAUCUGUGAAAUUAGAGAAAUACAAGAUUAAGUAAAAUAUUAGGAUUUUACACUGUACUGAGAUCCCUACUGAUUGCUUUUUUUUUUUUAUUCAUAGAAUUUUAAUGGGAGAGAAUGUGUUUUGGGAUUUCAUAAAACCACUAAACCUUUUGAUACCAUCCUCUGGUAUUUUAGGAAUACAUAGAACAGUAUAGAGGAAGUAAUCCCUUAAACACAUUUCAGAGUAAAAGGGUUUUAGUUCCUUUUUUUGUGUUUGGAGAUUAAUUAAUACUAUUGGUUAAUGAAGUUUUUCCUUUUUGCAUUUACUUAAAAAAAUAAAAAACUAUCUGAGAAUUUAUUAGUACUAAUAUUAUAAUGCCCAAGGCAUUUGUUCUGUGAUUGGGGCAUCCUUGAAGACAGACCUUUAGUGUAAUUAGUGACUAUAAAUAGUCGUUCACACAGAAUGUGUUCUUACGCUCAAGACACAGCUGAAUGUAAAGGAAAAAAAGCAGUGUUUUGAGAUGCUAAACGUUGCAUGCACUUUGACACAGCAUCUUUAAAAUGCAGGGCUUGUGUGUGAGAGUUUGUAACAACAGAAAUAAUAUAGCGCAACCGAGCCUUCCCAUUUUUCUUUCUUUUUUUUUUUCAUUGAUCAUUUUUCCCAUAAGGAUUUAAAAAAAAGUCUUAAUUUAAGAGUUUUAAGCCAUGCACCAAACCAACUAGCUAUGAGGUGAAUCAAAACGGUACAAAUUUUGAUUUGAAGUAAAAAAAAAAUUAAAAAAAAAAAAAAAAAAAAAAUAUAUAUAUAUAUAUAUAUAUAUAUAUAUAUAUAUAUAUAUAUAUAUAUAUAUAUAUAUAUAUAUAUAUAAUUCCCUCAUUGGUGGAUUUUGCUGCAGAAUCAUGGGUAAUGUAGUUUUUCACCCGGAAUUCUACCUUUAAACAUGAUUAUUAAAAAAAAAGGUAAAAUCAUAUGGACCGAUGGUUUUAACAGAAGCAUACCCCAUUGAUUAACAACAUCAUAACUAACAGCAUGUUUGUCUUUAAAGGUUUAGAAGUUAUCGUUUAAAAUCAAUUUGCAGUGGAGCGUAAAAACGCAUUCUGUGUGAACCGGCUCCUUGAACAUACCUGAUCUUAUAUGUAUGAUGAGGGUGUCAUUGCCUGGCAGCUAGUCAGCUUUACUUCCUUGUGGUGGGGAAACUGUCUGGCAGUCCCUUCAGGAAACAGAGGUCCCAGCAUGCACUGCGCCACAUUCAACUCUUCAUUCUUUUCUUCCUCAGCACUCCAGGGUGGGGCUUCAGAACCUUUUUAGAAAACAAAGCACUCUCUUCACUAGAUGACUGAUUUGGGUACAGCUUGUGUCGAUUUAAUUAGCAUCAAUCCUAAAUGAGCCAUCAAUGUAAAGGAGGGAAGCUUUCAAUUGGCCAAAGAUUCAGGUUAACGUGUAGAUUUCAAGGCUCUGGGAUUCAUCUACAAGCUCAAAUGAAAAUCAUUUUACCUUCAUUUGUUUGGUUCAGAUGAAUGCAUGACGUAUGAAUGUAUUACAGUGCCUUCAUAUAUACAAGUUGUAUGUCAAAUUUCGAAGCCACUGUAUUUUCAUUUAAGCUGUAAUUUUUUUUAUUUUCUGUAAUGUUUAGCCUAUUAGCAUUAGAUCAAAUGCUAGCUGAAGAUCAUAGUAGUCAAGAAGAUCAUAUUGUGGCUCAUCAAGGACAGAAUACAUUCACAGCAAACAGAGAAACACUUUAUUGUGCAUGAAUCAUGAUGUAUGUAUGUGUGCUCUUGGCCAUAAAUGUAUGAGAAAUCCCAAAGUCAUGUGAAAGUUAUACUUUUCAAGCCUUGAGUAAUUCAGCUGAGAGUUGUGUGGAUGCUACAUGUCAGUUAGUCUCACGGAACAGGAUCCUCAGAUAAACUGUCCUGUCCCAUUAAAGAAAUCUGCACCUCUGACCGUGACUUUGUCUGGCUGACGUUUUGAACACAGAGGACACUUCUAUUGACUUCCAGAUUCCACAGUCACCAUAUCUUGCCUCAGCGUCUUGAAUCAUUAAUUUUAUUUAUUUUAUUAUUCAUUUUAUCAUUCGUCUUGUAUGCAUUUUUGCCUCACUAAACAAAACAGACACCUCAAAACCUUAAGAGGUAAUUCCCCCAAGACAAUUUUAUAUCAAAUAUUUAUCAAUUUGUAAUUUAUACAAAUGAAUUACACUUUUGUUCUGCAUUUUGAUUCGAAUUUGUAUCCUAAUAAACAUCCUACUACAA